AUGUCUGACCCGGAGCCGUCUUCCUCCCCAGCCUCCCCAGCCUCUUCCUCCAGCCCCCGCUCAGUCUCCCGUGGACGCGAAGCCUUCGUACGUCCUCCCUGCUUUCCUCCACCCAUCUUCGCGCUCACUCCUCCCCAGUCCUCUGGUCGCGGCGGAGUCGGUAACAUCCGCAAGCCCUCCAAGGAUGUCGAUCCCACUGCCGUCCAGCCCGAUGAGCCUCUCUCCCCUGUCCGCGGUCGCGAAGCCGCUAUCCAAGGCGAGCGCGCCAAGUCCUCCGGCCGCGGAGGCAUGGGCAACAUCCGUUCCGGUUCCAAGGCGCGCGCUAUCUACCAAGUCUCAGAGAACCAUCCCCAGACCGCUGCUCUCGUUGCGACGUACAGCAACAGUAUGGCCGAUUACGAGCGCAGCGUCGUGCAGCACAGUCAGGACACCGCCAACGCUCGCGCGCACUCGUCCGGCCGUGGCGGGGUCGGCAACAUCACAUCCAAGUCCAAGUCUGACUCCGAGUCUCGGUCCCGCUCGCGCGUCGCCGGCCGUGGCGGAGCAGGAAAUCUGCAUGCCGGCGCGAGUGUUGACCCAGAACACCUAGCGCGCCUCGAACAGCAGGAACGCCUUAUGUAUGCGCACAUGCAGGGCUCUCACUCCACCGGUCGUGGAGGUCGCGCAAACAUCACCAACCUUCCCGAACCUUCCUCCCCUCAUUCUCAUGAUUUCGAGGCCACAGAUCGAGGCGGGGUUGGUAAUAUCACCCAGGCACGCUCCCCGUCCCGCGAGCCGCGCAGCCGCAGCGCUUCAGGCAUCGGGUCGAGGGAUCGCUCCAGUAGCCUUGCGCGUAUUUUGAACAAGGUUGGCCUGCACAGUGCGCGGGACGAGAACCCGGAGCACGACAGAACCGCUUUGACAGAGGACGACCCUCACGAAUGA